AUGAUGUAUCAUCUUGGAUGCUAUGGUGGUGGUUCUGUGCUCCGUGUUGCUAAAGAUCUUGCCGAGAAUAACAAAGGUGCUCGUGUACUCAUUGUUUGCUCAGAGCUGAACUCCAUCAGUGGCUUCAAAGGACCUGAUGAGGCAGACUUACAUGCCCUACUAGGGACGGCAAUAUUUGCAGAUGGUGCAGCAGCUUUGGUAGUUGGUGCUGACCCAGAUACCUCUAUCGAACGUCCAUUGUUCCAACUCUUCUCAGUAGGGACCCAGAUUCUCCCUGAUUCAGAAGAAAUGGUCGCUGGACACUUGCGUCAAACAGGUCUUUCAAUCAGUUUAACCACGGAUGUGGCCAAAACUAUUGCUGCGAAUUAA